CCUUGCAAGCAGACCCCCAAGUAAAAUUGACAUAAUGUUAAAAUAUUUAAUAUUACUGUUGUUUUGGAUGUCAGACAUUGAAGCUUCGCCUCUAGGAAGACAAGAAUUAGCUAAUAACAUAAGGUAUAUUCAAAUUGGAUCAAAGUUCUACUACAAUGAAGACGCAUUGCGAAUCAAUUGGUUUGGGGCGAGCAAUAUCUGUCGCCAGCUUGGAGGAUUCCUUGUGAAUCUGGAAAGUGAAGAAGAACUCAAGCUGCUGAGCCCUCAUCUGCAUCCCUCUCUAAGCUACUGGACAUCCUUUAACGAUCUGGCCGUACCUGGUAUAUUCGCAUCGAGCACCAGUGGUCGGAAUGCCAGAUACUUGAACUGGUCUGCUGGACAGCCGGAUAAUACUGGAGGUGUCGAGCAUUGCGUUGAACUCUGGAGAUCGUCGACGUCAUUCCAAAUGAACGAUGUCCAAUGCGAGACAAUCUUACACUUUAUUUGUGAGUUUGAAGCAGACUCGGGUUAAUCGAUUACGGAUUAGUAGAAAGUACUUACACCCCGG